UUGUAUCUCUUAAAAUGAGGAAUAAAAUGAUUGUAUAAGCGGAACUGUCCUCUGUUAAAUGUCUUUCAUUAUUGGUCAGAAUGCUUUUAUCAUAUUCAAGGGCCAAAGUAAGGGGUCACACAAGACAGCAUGUGCUGGCUCUUAAACUGCUCAUUUCUCUUAAAUCUGCUCUAGAAGGAAAUUUGGGUUUUAUGUGUGCUAAAGGAGAGGGGCAGACGUCAGAAAAAGGAAAUUAACUGUUUUAUGUUUCCUGAUGAAUCAGUUUCUUGGCUGCUGUAGGAAGCUGAUUUAUAUAAAUCUAGAACUCCUUCUUUUUUUGUUCCACGUUGUGCCUGUUUUGUUCUUUCCCACAUUGUUGCUUUUGCUGAUAUAAACCUGUCUUCCCCCAUUACUUUCACUUGUCAGAAGUUUGCAAAAGGGGAUCACGUGACCUGGGCGCUGAGGGAUGAAAAGGCCUUUCGCCCAGAAGGGAGCUGCUGGUUUUUGGGACCAUGUUCUACCUUUGUUACCCAUGAAGAUGAAAAGACCAACCUGGAAUCUAAAAGGUGGUUUCAAACGCAUCGUGAUCGUUGUGACUGGACUUUGCUUUCUUUACCUGAUCAAGACAAACUACGAGGCCAAAACCUGCCAGACACGAAGGGCUCCUAAGGUCGACCCUGAUCACGCCAAGAGAGCUCAAAAAUACGCAGAGGAGAUUUCACAAGCCGAGUGUCGUCCAUCUUUCGCAAGGAACAAGUUGAGCCAGUUGUAUCUGGACCGCUACAACUUGGGUCUGCUUCCCUUUGUAACGAAAGAUACCGAAUAUCAACCCGAUCUCUUCAAAUACCCGCCUCCGUUUGGGUUCCGGAAUUUUGGGGAGAAGCUUCGAAACUUAGUCCAGCUUCUACCCGAAGACGGUUUACCAGCAGACCUGCAGUCUAAGCGGUGUAAACGUUGUGUAGUUGUGGGGAGCAGCAGCGUACUACAAGGAUUGAAGCUGGGAUCCUCCCUGAACCACUUUGAUGUCGUGAUAAGGUUAAAUGAUGCACCCGUUCAGGGGUACACAAAUGAUGUCGGUAACAAAACAACAAUAAGAAUGACGUAUCCCGAAGGAGCCCCUUUAUCUCAAGAUGAAUAUUUUCCAAAUAGCUUGUUUGUGGCAGUAUUAUUUAAAACUGUUGAUUUUGCAUGGAUAAAAGCAGUGGUGAAAAAUGAAACAUUACCCCUCUGGAUGCACCUCUUCUUUUGGAAAAACGUGGCUAUAAAAAUACCUUUGGCGCCGAAGAAGUUUCGGAUUUUGAAUCCGUCCAUCAUUAAGGAGAUCGCUUUGGAUAUUCUGCAAUACCCUGAACCUCGACUCUGGAAUUGGGAUCAGAACGUACCUACAAUUGGAGUAGUUGCGGUGCUUCUAGCUACGCACUUGUGUGACCAAGUCAGCUUAGCUGGGUUUGGAUAUGACUUGAGUCAACCCGAGGCGCCUGUGCAUUAUUAUGACAGCAUUUGCAUGCUGGACAUGAACAGGCAGACCAUGCACAACGUGACCCACGAGAGGCAAUUUCUGCAAAAGCUGGUCAGAGAAGGAGCUGUCAGUGACCUCAGCGGAGGGAUCUACUGCCAGUUCUGCGAGAAAGCGGGCUAAGGGGCGGAAGCAGAGAUGGGACGCUUGCACAUUCCUGCCAGCUUCCCUCGGUUGACAAAAAGCCGCGUCCACGUUCCGGGCAGACCAACCAAGGCAGCUGCUGCGUGAAGAGGACAAUUGCUUUUUGGAGUUUACUGUUUAUGUAAUAUUUGGCAGACAUUUGGCAAAGAUGGGUCAUUGCUCUUUGAACUGUGCUUCAACCGGAGUUGUAUAGGUCAUUGUUAACGCACAGCAUUUUUGGAUGUUUUUGUUUUGGGUAAUAUAUAUGCUUUCUUGA